AUGACGAUGGAAGACGUUGUCAUGGAAGAUGCUUCCGUCGAGCAAUCUCCAUUUCAAACUGUUCAUAUCCUUCAAAUGGUAAAAGACGCACAGCAGCAACAUGGUCUAAGACAUGCCGACUACCAUAGAUAUAGGUCGUACUGUAGCUCGAAGUUGGAUCGCGUUCGUCAUGCCUUGAAAUUCACCAACACUCAUAAGUGCGUGCGAAGGCAUAAGGCGAAAUUCGUCAAGAAAUCAAUAACUGAAGCGGAUUUUGUUGAUGAACGAUUCAUCCAGUUGGGAGUGUUUGAAGCUGAGCGCCGUUGGGCAGCUGCUAUGUCAGACAAAAUGGAAAUGGAAGAUAAUCCGGACAAAAUUCGAAAGCGACAAUCAAUGCGUAUGCAUCUGAAGCGUGCCGUCUAUCAUGCGGCAGCUCUUGAAGCGCUCGUUCGAAAUAAUAGCAGGUGCGAUGCGCCCACAAAGCUAGAAGCGCAAGCUUAUGCUGUAUGGCUUGCUGGUGUGUGUAACUUUGAGCUGCGCAAUUGGUCUGAAGCAUUUGAGCUGUUGAAGACGGCUCGAACUGUGUACGAGCGCUUAGCGGAAGCCACACACAACACAACGUUGGCGAAUUUGUAUAAAGCAAGAUGUCGUGAAAUACAACCGCAAAUUCGACUGUGUGAGUUCAGCUGUGCUGAUGCGAGUUCUAAGCCUGUUGAUGGAAUGAUGAAUGAACUGAUGGAGAUUCGUGCCCAGGGUACAGACAGUGAAGCUGUCGAUCGCCUCAUCGCCGAAAUGCGUUCAAAGGCCACUUGUGACGACGUUAUUGUAGUUGAGUGGGGCGGAUUCAAAUCUACUGUAGAGGAUGACAAAGCGCGACAAGUGGUACAAGGUUGGCGACAGGUUCAAAAUGAACUUGCACAAUGUGAAACUCCAAAGGAGAGGAUGAUGCUAUACGAGAAACAGCUUUCUGACACUCGUGAUGCUCUCGAGCGGAUAUCUGAUCUAAUUCGUAGGAAGGCUUCCGAUAAUGUCGAUUCGUCGGCGCUACAAACGAUCAAAUCGUACCUGGAAUUCCUUAAAAUGGUUGGAACGGCGUCUCGUUACCUGGCACUGAUUGAGAACACAAAGGCUGAAAAGAAAACAAAGCCUCAGGAUUUGUUACGCCUCUAUGACUCUGCGAUCGAAGUUUUCAAAGAGCUUCUGCAACUGCCUGGGGUUGAGUAUGACAAAAAUCUCACCCAAGCGAUGAACACAAAGAUUGAGUACUACAGAGCGUUCAGGUGUCACUACAUGGCUGCUGCAUAUGCGGCAUUGUCUCGGUUUGGCGAAGCCAGUGCACUGUUUGACAGAGCUCUCCACCGUUGCAAAGAAGCUAGUAAACUUGUAUCGAAAUUGAAAGGAAAUCCUUAUAUGGUAGAGGAAAAUGAAGAUUCACUCCGUGGGCUCGCUCGAGACAUUGAACAAGCGCGUGUUGCAGCAAGAGCGAAGCGUUUAGCGGCGGCAGCUGGUAUCGUUGAUGUGGCAGAUGAACAGACGGCACGUGAGAUUGAUGACAGGCCUCUUAUGGACACGCUGACCGAAUGGCGGCGCAACCGGAUCGGCUCGAGCUCUCCGCCGAGCCCGACAACGCAUCCAAUGCAUCAAGAGAUCAUGCCCGACCUUGAAGAACGGCUAGCGAAAUGUGUGGAGGGCACCAAGACAACUCCUGUGUCGAAAAAAGCAGCAGCGGAAGCAGCUAAGGCCGCCGGGGCUAAAACCGAGGAUCAAAGUGGUUUGUCCGGAAUGGUUAAAGGAUGGAUAUGGGGAAAGAAGUAA